UUCCGGCCGGCCCUUGGCUGUCGCAAAAGCGCAAAGAUGGCGGCGGCGACUCCCUCGUCGGGCUACGCGGCUUGGGUGGCUCGGCUAGCCGAGCUGAAGAAGCUGCGGGGCAAGCAGCCCCGGGUGAGGCCUUACCGGCCCCUGGUGCUGGCCAACCAGGUCUCCAACCGGCGCCUGGGCCUCGGAGAGGCAACAUGCAUCACAGAGAUGUCAUUAAUGAUGGCCUGUUGGAAGCAGAAUGAGUUCAGUGAUGUAACUUGCGCCCAAGAGAUCCAGACAUUCUUCAACUGCGCUGCAAAGGCAGAAGCAGAACGCAAGCAAAAUCUUCGACAAGAAUCUCUGGGCCAGUCGGGGAAACUUGGUUCAAAACAAAUCAACAAAUUACUGAAAAGGUUUCCAAAUAUCACAUACAAUUAUUGAAGAGAAUUGCUUCCCCAAGUAUCUGUGAAUUUGAAGAAACUCACCGCUUGUUGGUCAUUCUCUUUGAAAUGGACGGGAAAUGUUUUCCUGCAUUUCAUACUGUUUUUUGGAAUAAAACUUCUGUUGAGAUAAGAUGAAGACCUAAAGUUUCCUUGGAUACCAAGAGAAGCUCCAGCAGUUAUUCGACCAGAUGAACUUUUGCUUGAAAUGUUCUUCAGUUAGCAUCAAAUUUGAGUCAUCAGUGAAAUAAAAUCUUUUGUGAAAUCCUA